UGGGAUUACAUUGCUAAAUAUAAGGGGUUGUAUGGAUCUGUCUUGAGGCCAAACAGUCUACCCAUUCUUUGCUGGGGCCCGAAACGGCCAUGCGGUACACCCAAAGGGUUCAAAAUGACCUCACGUAGCACGGCCCAUUAUGUUGUGGUUGUUGCUGCAGCUCUCCUACGCUCCCCAUGCUGUCGCCUACCACCGUCAUCCAUCAAUAAUACAUCGUCGAUUAUAAUUAUUCACAAUUUGCGGCAUCGCCAUCAAGGCUGUGACGUCUACUCACCACCAGAUCGACAGGCACGCGAACGACUCCUGUUGGUGAUGCCGCCACGGAGUCAAGCAGUCUCGGGGGCAAUUGUUCAACAGUUGCAGUGAGUUGAGGUCCCAGCAAGCCCAUCCUGAGGAAAACAAAAGUGGAAGGGAUAGGUCGGAAUAUCCGAACCUUUGGUCAAAGGACUGUACCAUUCCCUUUGUUUGGAUUACGCUGGCGAAUAGGGGCCUACCGAGACCAC